ACUCUCAAUCUAGCUGGCCUUGUAACAAACGACAGCCUAGGAGGCACGGAACAGGACCCCCAGCAGCAUGAUAGCUCCAGGUAUCUCAGCACUCAUGCGCCCCUUGCUAAGUGGACUGAAUGUGAGCAAGAUCCGCUUUAUUCAUCUCUGUGGGGUGACUGAGCAGCAUCGCACACCGCCUAAGCAGGGCUCGGAAAGAGGCUUCAGCUCCAUGCAGAAGCUCCAGGAUGCCCCUGGGGAUUCGAGCUCUUCAGACCAGGUGACGGUGCAUUUUAUAAACCGGGAUGGAGAGCGACUCACGGCCACAGCCAAAGAAGGGCAGAGUUUGCUGGAAGUGGUGGUCAAUCAAAACCUGGCCAUUGACGGAUUUGGUGCAUGUGAAGGGACAUUAGCCUGCUCCACUUGUCACCUCAUCUUUGAGAAGGACACCUUCCAAAAGCUGGAUGCCAUCUCGGAUGAAGAGCUGGACAUGCUGGACUUGGCGUAUGGGCUCACAGAGACAUCUCGGCUUGGCUGCCAGGUGUGCGUUAAGAAGUCGAUGGAUGGUCUGACAGUGCGGGUCCCCAUGGAUGUAUCAGACAUGAGGAGGCAGCUGGAGGUUGGAAAGCAAAGCAAACAGUAACUGGAAACGGCUCCUGCACAACUUCCAUCCUCAUUUUAGGUGUGCCAGGGUACUUUGCUUUUGACUAACGCUGUUGCUUUUUGUGGCUGGCUUGCAGUGGACCGUAGAGGUCUGAUUCAGUGUAAAUACCCAUUUGGCAAAUCUCUCCUUUAAACAAAGCUUAAUUCUAGUGCCUUUGGUACAUGUUUUAAGUGUCCUGCUGAAUACAACUGGACUAAAGCACAACGGCUCUACGUUUUCCCUGGGAGGGUGGCAGUGAACAUCUGCGCUGUAUGUGACUCACCCUCUCCUUUGAAAUUUAAGGAAUUCUGCAAUUCUAAGUAACUGCUGGGAAUUUUGCAAGGCUUGGCUCUUUAACUGUAGAGCAGAAUUUUCCCAGUUUGGGAAGCUUAAGAAGAGGUAGCUGUUCCGAAUGCAAGCCAGUGCGCCGAUUGGCUUGAUACAGGCAAAAGGAACUUUGUUAGGAAGAACAUAUUGAUAACCAUUUGAAUGCUGACAUUUCCUGUUAGAGGGAACCACUUCCAAUAAAUUCAAGAUGUUAAAUGAAUUAUGUGCCAUGAUCUGCUACUUUCUCCUAAUAUUGUGUUUUUCCAUUGCUGUGUUACCACAUAUAUCAAAUAAAAUUCUAAUAAUUGGACUU